CGUGAACCUUUUGAGAGUCACAAACCCAGCAGUCAACAUUGCUGGGACUACCUUCGCCAAACCAAAUAGUUCUGUUUUCUUUUUAUCAAACACAUCGAAAUGUCUUCCAAGCCUGCCAGUCAGUCCUCUCCGGAGUUUACCUCCUACUACCUUCAACGCGCAACACAAGAGCUCUCAGAGGACCUUGACAAAGUUCGCAACGCAGAGGACUUCAAGGCCGAUUCUAUUCCUUUCCUUGUUCACGCUCUACAACAGGGUGCGGUACUUUUCUCUCCUGGGGACCAGAAGAGAGUGGUUGCUACACCAAAGACCAAGGACGGGGAUGCAUGAGCAGGCUGUAUAUACCCAGUCCAGAUCAUUUCGGUCUACUGCCCUGAACGCACGACAGCUUUUCAAAUCCGCUCCCUUGCAUUAAGUGAACUCGUGAGAGUCACUCUUCACCACUUCCCACAAGACAAAGGCAUGCCAAAUCACAAGGAUGGCGUUUGUCUUCGCAGAUCGGAAGCUGUUUUAUUGGUACCAAGAACCCUUGACACUACACUCCAAUGCGUCAGAGCAUGUUGUCAAACCAGCAAAACGGGGAAAAGUCAGAUUGAGGAAUUAUGUCAUUUAGCAGCCGUUAUUGCAUAAGGGUAUCUCAAAGCAGAGUCUGCACUACAUCAAGCGCGCAAUAAAAUCAAUCUAUAUAUACGCUUGUCUUCCUCCUGGGCCGAAUCACGGCAAUGUCAUUCCUUCAUCAGUAUGUUCAUAUGCACGGUC